AUGGGCGACACGCCGAGAGUGGAAUUCGCUCUUGGAAGUGAAGUGUCACUUGAACACUUUUUCAAAAGCAGCUUCGCGCGUUCCUUCGUGACCAACUGUCGUGAUUCGAAAUCGCUGGAUUACGAGCUCCUAGAUAACACCAUUUCUGAGGAGGCAGAAACGAAUGGCAACAAUAACAACAAUUUCUUUUCCCUCGUGAAUUUCGAAGAUAAAGUAACGAGCACUGAAAACAGUAAUAUUUGCAACAACAAGGACAACGCAAACCUCUGGAAAACCAACGAAGCGGUUCCAUCCACCGCGGAUAUUAAUGAACUGGAGAAAUUGCGGAAGCAAUGCCAGUCGCUGAUAGAGGAGAACCGAAGAUUGCAGAACGCCUUAACGACCAAUCAAAUACCUCAUGUACAAGUAAUCGACAGCGUUUUCCUUCAGACCCAGGUUGAAACAUUGCAAUGGCAACUGAAACAGAUAGAGGCGAACAGACAAAUGUACCGGUCCCUGAUGGAGCAGGUGGUGCGUUUCUUGGACCGAGCCCGCAAGAGCUUGGAUAUUCUUCACGAGAAGAAUAGUCUCAAGGACAAGAAUUCAACGGGACGGGUUCCGCGUAGUCGUAGCGUUCACGCGGUGCACGCGGAUUCCUCACCGAAUCGUGGCCUCUCAGCCUCAACGUCUUCGACUUCCUCACGUUUCACCAGGGCAAAAUCAGUCACCCAGAUCUCACCGUGUACAACGAGCUACCGCGAGUUCACCUGGUCGAUGCUUCGUAGAAACGAUCCGGCACACUGCACUCCUCCGCGUAAUAAUAAAACUCAGGACCUAAACAAAACCCACGAAGGUGUCGUCUAUAGAAGGCCGAAACAGCCGGAACUGAAUCUGAACGAUAUACCACCUGAGAAACUGUCUCAAGAAGCAUUUAGGUUAAUGAGGACUGUUCAAUCGUUGCUAGCUAUGAGAGAGCCAGAUCUGAUUAGGAUCUCGUUCGAUAACAACGAUUCCUCCCCUUCACCUGUAGAUCAUCAUCAUCAUCAUAACAAUCAUCACAACGAGGUAUCUCUCAACAUGCAGAACAGCAGCUUUGCAAACUCUACGCCAUUGCAGGAAGGUACUAGUUACAACAGACGUUCCAGUAGCUACCGUGAAAACGAACCUAGUAGUACCGAUAACGAUAGUAGAACGUGUUUCUUGAAAUCGUCGUCGAAUACCGUGGAUGUUGUUGAUCGAAAUCUGCAGAGUUUACUUCCUGGUGUGAGAAGAUCACUCGACGCCACUUCGCUCAACUCAGGAAGCAGCAAAACGACAGAAGAAGAAGAUGUACUGCCAAAUAAUAAUUCCUUCAACGUUUCCAUGUCCGAGCAUGAGGGGAUAUUCACGUGUACGACAUCGUCCACCCCGAAUAGACGUGCUAGGAAAGUGGAGAAGAAAGAGAAGGAGAAGUCUUUGAAAUCGAAGCCAGCUGCCAGCGUGAGCAGUGUCGAAGAUGAAAGCGGGUUCUCUUCUAUGAGUUCCUUUCCAGAGAUUGGUCUGCCCAAUACUCUGCCAAUUUCUCCCAUAAGAGGGUGUCACACAGAGGUGGGUUUGCCCGAGGUGCCCUUGGAAAAAGCUAAACAUCGCAGAUGGUCUUCGACUCCGGCUGAAAUUCAGGCUCUUUUUAAACAGCGAAACAGUUUCUCGACCUCUCAAACUACAGCUGAAUCUCUGAGUGUCUGGGUUUGA